CAGCUGUCAGAAAAACAUUUGGUGGUUGUAGUUGUAUUAUUGCUUUUUUACGAGAUAUAUCCGAGUUUCUGACAUAAAUCUGCUUUAAAAUAUUAUUCUAAUAAGAAGAAAUAAUAGAAAAGUUACCUACCGAACUCAAUAAUAUAGCUGUACAGCCGUUGUUAAUAAUAUAUACACAGUACUGAUAAAGUACUGAUAGUACAAGUAUAAAUUCGAAUAUUCAUCUCAUAAUCAUAGGUACAUAUUCGUUCGAUGUUUUUUCAUUAAUUAUUAUGUUUUGUGGUCGUUAGCCUUUUGCUUCAUUUUACGCACUAUAAUCUCAUUGCCCGAUCUCACGAUUAGGUAGUGUCGAAUUAAUUUUAUCUGUGAGCGAGUUAUCUAUUCAUGAUUAUGUGCUUGUUGACAACAAAGAUUGAGAACUGAGGAUUUUUUUGAUAAGGCUCUUGUUGAAUUCCACGACUUUGAUUGUUAGCCAUGAGUGAGAGACCGCAACCGUUGAAAGCCAUCAACCGUCUGUUCGAAGGCAAGGAGCCAUGGCAGAUCGUCACAAUGACUGCCUCCUCUGUGCUGGCAAUAGUAUGGGCACACAGUCUUUACAAUCACAAAGAGACUGUAUCAAGCCGCCUGCGCAAAGAGUUCUUCCGAUGGCUUCGUUCGGUACCUAUGGUGCGGAGGAAGAUUGAGGAAAAAAUGACAGAAAUUACUUCUGAUUUCCGGAAGGAUGUCUCCAAGAGACUUGCGGGCGUUACUGUGCGCCAUCGGUUGCCAGAGUCGGGUCUCACUGCUGAACAGAUAGCCGAAGAAGUCAGGGAUCAUCUUAAUUUGGGUGUAUACGACUGGAAAAGCGGCAGUCUUUCCGGAGCUGUAUAUCACGUGAAUGAGGAUAUAACGCAGGUCGCGUGUGACGCGUACUCGCUCACAGCGUAUACGAAUCCUUUGCACGCCGACGUUUUCCCUGGUAUCAACAAAAUGGAAGCCGAAGUCGUCAGAUGUGCCAUCAAUCUAUUCCAUGGGGAUGACGAGUGCUGUGGGACGGUUACAACAGGAGGCACAGAAUCAAUCAUAAUGGCGUGCAAGGCCUUCCGAGAUUUGGCUUACAACAAGGGCAUAACCAAUCCUCAGAUAGUAGUUCCUUCCACCGUGCAUUCGGCCUUCGACAAAGCCGCGCAAUACCUGGGCUUGUCUGUGAAGACUAUCCCGGUGAACCCAGACACGAUGACAGUGGAUGUCGAAGCUGUUAAGAAGGCUAUUGGCAGACGAACGUGCUUGAUAGUAGGUUCAGCCCCGAACUUCCCGUACGGAACCAUGGACGACAUCAACGCGUUGUCCGACAUAGCCCUUGAGUAUGACGUUCCGUUACACGUAGACGCCUGUCUCGGGGGCUUCAUUGCUGCUUUCAUGCCGGCGGCAGGGUUCCCCGUGCCGGUGUUCGACUUCCGACUGCCAGGCGUUUCUAGUAUAUCUGCUGAUACUCAUAAGUACGGGUACGCGCCUAAGGGUACAUCGGUGAUUAUGUACAGACGUCCGGAGUACAGACAUUGCCAGUACACCGUCACCACAGAAUGGCCCGGCGGAGUCUACGGCUCUCCCACUGUUAAUGGCAGCCGUGCGGGUGGUUUGAUAGCUGCCACCUGGGCCACCAUGAUGUUUGUGGGCAAGGACCGUUACGUCAAGAUGGCCGAGGAGAUACUCACAAUCACCAGAUACAUCGAGGGCGAAAUGCGAAGUAUUGAGGGUAUCUUCGUAUUCGGUAAGCCAGCGACUACGGUGAUCGCGUGGGGCUCGAAUCACUUCGACAUAUUCAAGAUGGCCGAACUGCUGCAUAAGAAGGGCUGGUCCUUGAACGCGUUGCAGUAUCCUUCUGGCGUGCACAUGUGUGUGACGCACGCGCACACGCAGCCAGGCGUGGCGGAGCGCUUCGUGGCCGACGUGCGCGCAGUAGCUGCAGAAUGCUUGAAGGGAGGCGCUGCCCCUGUACAGGGAAAGAUGGCGAUAUACGGCGUAGCGCAAGAGAUAUCUGACCGCAGUCUAGUCUCUGACAUUACCAAGCAUUUCAUCGACUCCAUGUACUACUUACCUAAACCCGAUGAUAAGGAAUAAACUGUCUUCAUAUAAGUACUUAUAAUUAUAUGGUAUGUCUAAAAAUAUGUAGAUCUUUCUUUGUUUCAUUUUGUCAAAGAGUAAAUGCGACAUGGUUUUGAAGUAUAUACAUAUUUUUAGAUAUGACAUUACAUAUAUAAAACACAAACGCUCUAUAAAAGCCUAGAAGAUUCUAUUACUGGGUAUAGACAUCGUUGAUCCAUCACUGCCCAACUGCGUGUCGAUGAAGAAACUCAACCCGAGUC